UAUCAUGAAAAUAAUGAUUUUAAAAGAAUAAAUAAUCAACUCUUUUAAUUUAAAAAUAAAUAUCAUUUCAAACUCUUAAAAUAUAAAAUCGCGCGAAGCGCGGAUUAACCCCUAGUAUUCUGUAUUUUGGUUGACGGAUCUAUAAUCAGAUUUCAAUAAUUUGCCUAAUCUUGGUAGCCGUCUCCACUGUUUGAUCUGUUUUCGGUCUUAAUUGGUCUCCUAACAGUGUAGCAUCUAUAUUCCUACGUAAUUCGAGGUUUAUUUAGAAUCAUUGACGAAAAUAGCAAAUAACUGAAAUCAAAAUCAUGAUCUCUACAGAACAUGGAGACAGAAGAAUAUUUGAAAGAUUCACCAUUGGUGUCUGUUUCUUCUUUUCCUUCAAAGACCAAAAUAUUCCAACUUGGAGGGUGUUUUCGUUUCCUGCAUGCAAAACGUUUUGUAUAAUCUUUAAAACUUUCAAAUUUGCUUUAACGAAAAGUAUUUAAAUAACAACUCCUCUCUUUUUAAAAUAGACAAGUUAAGCAUAUAUUUUUUCCGCGUAAUAAAAAGUGACUGAUCUCCGGCUAUAAAUAGCGGAGUAGAGAGCAUCUCAGAACAUAUCAAGUAAAAUUUGUAUUUAUUUUCAAGUAUCAUCGCUCUCUGAUCAAUACACUGUUUUUGAAAUCACCUCCCAAGGAACGAAAAGAAAUGUCGACAGAGUCUUAUGAAGAUACCCUUGAAAGACUAGGAGAGCUUCUCAGUUGUAAAUCGGAUCUCGGGAAAGUGGCGGCCGCAAAGAUUGAGAAGUUAUUUGGUGAGCUAGAGGAACAAAAAUCCAACAAGUCAUCAGAUGCCGUAGAAAGAAUCCGAUCCGGAUUUAUCCAUUUCAAGACACACAAAUAUUUGAAGAAGCCUUCGUUGUACAAUGCACUUGCCAAGAGCCAGAGCCCCAAGUUUCUGGUGUUUGCUUGUUCGGAUUCUCGAGUUAGCCCAUCUCACAUCUUGAACUUUCAACCUGGGGAAGCAUUUGAAAUUAGAAACAUUGCAAACAUGGUUCCAGUUUUUGACAAGACACAACACUCUGGUACUGGUGCGGCUAUGGAAUAUCCAAUUACAGAACUCAACGUGGAAAACAUUCUGGUGAUUGGUCACAGCCGUUGUGGUGGAAUAGAGGCACUCAUGUCUAUUAAAGAUGAUGCAGCUCCCCAUAAGAGCGUCUUCAUAGAAAACUGGGUCAAGAUCGGUACAUCGGCAAAGAACAAGAUUAAGCAAGAGUAUGGAGACCUGAGCUUCCAAGAACAGUGCACCCAUUGUGAAAAGGAAGCGGUGAACGUUACAUUGGGGAAUCUGUUGUCUUACCCAUUCGUGAGAGAAAGAGUGGAGAAGGGUAAGCUCGCCCUAAGAGGGGCUCACUAUGAUUUCGUUAAGGGAACGUUUGAACUUUGGGAACUCGACGUCAAGAUCACCCCUGCCUUUGCCUUUUCUUAAUAUAAUUCCUAACCCUACUUACAUUUAUUUUAUGUUGCUUCCAAGUGUGUUCUUACCAUGUAAUUGCUUCUGUUUCUUGUUUAUGUCUAUUGUUUAUGUUUAUGUGUGAAAAGAAAUGAAUAAGCUAUAAAAAGCAUUAUUUUA